ACAAAUAGAAAAAGGAAGAGCAAUUAGAAUAUUUAAUUUAUCUUAAUAUUUUUUUUAUUCUAUCUAAAAAAAGAGGAAAAUACAUACAUAUUUUUAAUUUAUUAAUAAUUAUAAUAUUAAAAAUUUAGAUAAGAAGUUGAUAGAGAAAUGGAAUAACCAUAACAAUAAUAAUAGCUGCCAUUAGGAGAGCCAUAAAUUGACAACUUAACUUACAUAUUUUCAUAAUAUAGUUAAACAUACUAUCAAUCAGCAGCUGGCUAGUUUAACAAGAAAUGCUCUAUCUAACUGAAUGUUUCAAAUAUGAACACUAUUUCCAUUUAAAGCUUUAAGUAAUUAGACUAAAAUAUGUUAAUUCUUUAGUAACCUAGACAAGAUGUGUAGUCGCUAAUAAUAAUAUAUGGAAAUUAAAAGAAGUAAGUGAUAUUGAAUAAAACAUAUUUAAUUGAAGAAUUUUUAGGUUCUAUUCCUUAUGAUUCAUUUGACUUAUCUCUCUAUAGCCCAAAUAUCUUAGAAGAAGAUUUUGAAAACUUUAUUAACUUUUUAUUUUAUGGGGUACUUUAAUUCCCCUCAACAAAAGUUCCAACCUACAUCUGCCUUUUAACACUUUUUUAAAUGCACAUAUAUUUAAGAGAUAUUACAUAAUAACUACUUAAUAGUUUUAAUAAUUAAUAAUGUAAUUUAUUUUCAACAUAAAAUUAUGAUGAUAUUCUCCUUUAUCAUCUAUUCGAAUAUCAUACUUAUAACAAACCAUCUUAUUGUGGAUUUAUGAAUUUGAUGCUUAAUUAGUAAUGGAUUUUGAUAACAUAAAAGGUAUCAUGGUUUUCCUCUCAAAACGGUUAAUAUUUUGAGAUUUCCGCUCUUCUAAAAUUGUUUAAUGAAGAUUAAUUCAAAACUUUUUUAAAUAGUUUGUAUUUCUAUGAGAGGAUUUACUACUUUAAUUACCAAAAGUGUUUACCUAACUGUUCAAGUGAUGCUCUUUAUGUAAUUGUAGGUUUAAAUCAAAUUAUUAACGAGUAUUAUAACAGUAAGAAGAUCGCUGAUCCACAUGAUAGAACACAAUAAGUUUAAUCGCUUCUUAAUUAAUACUUACCUUUAGAAAAGAAUAUUAACAUGGGAUUAUUUAAAGAAAUAAAGGAUUUUUACAAUUAAAAAUUUGUUAACGAAAUACUUAUUUCUUAAGUAGAAAAUUUGCAGAAGUAGGUUGAAGAACUUAAAGAUUAAAAACUAGCUUGCGUUUUUACUUCAAAGCUAAGUUUAUGGUAGCUUAAAAAUCAUUAAUUAUGA